AUGAACGCGGAGACCUGCGUCUCUUACUGUGAGUCGCCGGCCGCUGCCAUGGACGCCUACUACAGUCCAGUGUCGCAGAGCCGGGAGGGCUCGUCGCCUUUUAGGGGGUUCCCGGGCGGCGGCGACAAGUUCGGCACAACUUUCCUCUCGGCCGCCGCCAAAGGGCAGGGAUUCGGGGACGCCAAGAGCCGGGCCCGCUUCACGGGCGGCGGCGCCGGCGCCGGGCAGCAGGACCUGGCGACGCCCCUGGAGAGCGGCGCGGGGGCGCGCGGCUCCUUUACCAAGUUCCAGCCGCCGCAGCCGAGCGCGCAGCCCCCGCCGAGCACGCAGCCCCCGCAUCUGUACCUGCAGCGCGGCGCCUGCAAGACGCCCCCGGACGGCGGCCUCAAGCUCCAGGAAGGCGGCGGCGGCGGCGGCCACGGCCAGUCCCUCCAGGUCUCCUGCUACGCUAAAGAGAGCUCGCUGGGAGAGCCAGAGUUGCCCCCUGACUCGGACACCGUGGGGAUGGACAGCAGCUACCUCAGUGUUAAGGAGGCUGGGGUGAAGGGUCCCCAGGACCGGGCCAGUGCUGACCUCCCCAGCCCCCUGGAGAAGGCCGACUCCGAGAGCAACAAGGGCAAGAAACGGCGGAACCGCACCACCUUCACCAGCUACCAGCUGGAGGAGCUUGAGAAGGUCUUCCAGAAGACCCACUACCCGGACGUGUAUGCACGGGAGCAGCUGGCCAUGAGGACAGACCUCACUGAGGCCCGCGUGCAGGUCUGGUUCCAGAAUCGCAGGGCCAAGUGGAGAAAGAGGGAGCGCUUCGGGCAGAUGCAGCAGGUUCGGACCCACUUUUCCACUGCCUAUGAGCUGCCGCUGCUCACCCGGGCAGAGAACUACGCCCAGAUUCAGAACCCAACCUGGAUCAGCAACAAUGGGGCUGCCUCGCCCGUGCCCGCCUGUGUGGUCCCCUGUGACCCGGUGCCUGCCUGCAUGUCCCCUCACGCACACCCCCCUGGCUCGGGCGCCAGCAGUGUCACCGACUUCCUGAGUGUGUCUGGGGCCGGCGGGCAUGUGGGCCAGACACACGUGGGCAACUUGUUUGGGGCAGCGGGCCUCAGCCCCAGCCUCAACGGUUACGAGCUGAACGGGGAGCCGGACCGCAAGACCUCCAGCAUCGCGGCGCUGCGCAUGAAGGCCAAGGAGCACAGUGCGGCCAUCUCCUGGGCCACAUGACAGGGCCGCUCCUGGCCAUCCCUGUGCCUGCCACGCCCGCACUUCCAGGACCCCAGCCUCCCACUCGACUUUGCUCAUAGGCGCCUGGCCUGGUCUAGGGGCCUGACCCUCAGCACUUUCAGCCACCCCAAGUCUGAAGCCCUGAGGACCGUGGGAGAGAGGGGCACAGACCCUUGUGGCUCCCUGGCACUAAGGCCCUGACCUGUGCUCCCCAGUACUGGCAGUGGAGACAGCAAGGCACCCAGACCUGUGGCUUUUUGCCUGCUACAGGCUAAAGGCCCUUUUUGUCCCCUCAUGCUCCUCCGCCUACCUGCUUUGACCUUGAGUCCAAGUUAGUUUCCCCUCCAAAGCAGACAGCAGUGACAGUCAAUCUGGUCUACUUGUGCUGUGUCUGUCCCCAUUUCCUGAAAGCACACAAAUCCUGCCUCCUGGACUCCAGGCACUGAACUGGGCCCCAGAGACCCCAGCAUGGCUGCCCUUGAGCUGGACACGCCCAGCAGUAUAGGCCGGAGUGGGAGCUGGGGAUCCCUUGCCAUCCUGGAGGGUCGUCAGACCCUGGUGUUCUGAAACUGGUUCUGGUGGACACAGCAGGGAGAAGCCAGGACCCCUGGGGCCACCACGUGCUGGAAGAAGAGAAGCUCCAGGAGAAAGGAAGGCUGUAGGGAGGUGGCAUUGCCGCCCCGGAAGGUCAGGGUGGCUCCGUCUUCUGUGUGCGUGGUGCUUCUGUCUCUCCAGGGCCUCUGCAGGAGCUCUGGGGUGCCUGUCUCUACCUGGCCUCCCCCUCCCCCCCCCCGCCUUGCUCUUGGAGUGAAAGGACCUAUGACUUGGAAUAUAUAAGCUAGGGCUAGGGCCUUGGUGGCAGGGGUCAAGAGCAGUGUCCUCAGGCUCUACCAGGGGACUCAGAGCCAUGCUUGGGCUCAAGGCAGAUGGCUCUUGCAUCCUCAGCCUAUCCCAUCCUCAGGCACAGCCUCAUCCCCAGUGGGUGGCACUCUGUGUUCCCCCAGGCCUAGGGGCCAGUGUGUGCCAGGCAUGAUCUUCCACAGGCUCUCAGAGCUACCCUCCUGCUGCUUCUGCCGGGCAUAGUUCUGCCCCCAUCUCUGCCUCAUGGAGCCAGGCUUCCAGCCUGAAGAGACAGGACUCCCUUUUGGCUGCCUUGGCCAGGGCCUU